GGUUCCGAUACCGCCGGGGCGGCCUCGUUUUUCUCGCAGUGGCGGCGUCCUAGGCCGAAAUCUGUGCACUAUGUCGGGUGGCCUCCUGAAGGCGCUGCGCAGCGACUCCUACGUCGAGCUGAGCCAGUACCGGGACCAGCACUUCCGGGGUGACAAUGAAGAACAGGAAAAAUUACUGAAGAAAAGCUGUACAUUGUAUGUUGGAAAUCUUUCCUUUUAUACAACUGAAGAACAAAUCUAUGAACUCUUCAGCAAAAGUGGUGACAUAAAGAAAAUCAUCAUGGGCCUGGAUAAAAUGAAGAAAACAGCAUGUGGGUUCUGCUUUGUGGAAUAUUAUUCAAGAGCAGAUGCAGAAAAUGCCAUGCGGUACAUAAAUGGAACUCGUCUGGAUGACCGGAUCAUUCGCACAGACUGGGACGCAGGCUUUAAGGAGGGCAGGCAGUAUGGCCGUGGGCGUUCUGGGGGCCAGGUACGAGAUGAGUAUCGUCAGGACUACGAUGCUGGGAGAGGAGGUUAUGGAAAACUUGCCCAAAACCAGUGAGUGGUGAGAGCCCCAUCAUGAAAAACUCACUCCUUUGGCUUGUUAAAUUUGAUGUGCAUUCCCAAGGUCUGCGAACCUGCCUAUUUUUACCAAGCUUUAUUUAAUAUGUCUCUACUGAGUUGGAAGGCUCUUCAUGGUUUUCCACUUAAAAAAUUAUUAAAGGACAGAAUCCAAAAGAAUGCCUUUAAUUCUGUAGUCUUAGCAUCUUGGUUGUGUCAGAUUACCAGAAUGAUUUCUGUUACCAGGUCAAAAAUUGUGUUCCUUAGCAACAGACUUCAUGUGUAAUGUUGCUCUAUCAGCCAAAACACACUUCUUUUAGCAAGAUUGGAAAAAAAAUUUUUAAGUGUUUACCAUGUUUGCAUCUAAGUAGGUUCAUGGUCUACCAUGGGGCCUGGAAUUACUAUUUUUAAAAUUUUAAGUUUGCAUGAGAUAAAAGUUUAAUAAGUGGAGUUUUGCUCUGUAAUGUUGCUUUACUGUAAAUUAGGAAUAGAUUUUGAUGAC